UCGCUGGCUGUGUAGCGGAGGUGGCGAUAGGCGUGCUCGGGCUGCGGACCGCGUCUCACUGGCAGGAGACCCUGCUUUUUGUUAUGAAUCGGCGCACACUGUCUGUCCUGCACGUCCGGGGGUCCGGGGACUGACGCUGUAGACGGGGCCCGGCUCACCUUUCAACGCGCGGCAUCUGUUUAACAAAAAAAAAGACCUCGCAUAUGUUGUCACACGCCGCAAACAAAGACCGCUGGCUGGGCUGAUAGAGGACACGGAGAGAGAGGGAGAGAGAGAGAGAGGGGGGAGAGAGAGAGACACGGGGAAAGAGGGGAGAUAGUUGGGCGCUCUUGUGAUAUAAUUACAGCUGAGAAGAAGCGAAAAGUCAAGAUCGAUCGUGCAGAAUACGGUAGAAGACCGCUCCUGCAUUGGCUGAACGGAGCACAAGCAAGGAAGAGAGACUCCCUUUGGGAUCGGGAUGGGACCGGGCCUGUGGCCCACCAGAGAGGAACGCCACACUCUGCUCCAGCAGCAGUGCCUGUGCCCGUGAGGACCACGUGCCAUUGUCCACCGAAGAUUCCUGCAUAGCCCCUCUGGUCCUACGCCAUCAUGUUCAAGAACAGCUUGAAGAUGCUGCUUAGCGGCGGGAAAUCCAACCGCAAGAACCGCAACAGUGGAGGCAGCUCCACAGACAGUGACUGUGCCUUUGAAGGAGACUACGCUGUGCCCCCACUGCCGGUGACAGAAGGCAUGCAGCACAUCCGCAUCAUGGAGGGAGUGUCUCGCUCGCUGCCGUCCUCUCCGCUGCUCACACACCAGACCAUCAGCGUGCGGCUGCAGCCCAUCAAGAAGCUCACAGGGGAGUCGAACCAGGAGCUGGGGCCUCCCCCUUCAGUGGAUGAGGCAGCCAACACUCUGAUGACACGGCUGGGGUUCCUGCUGGGAGAGAAAGUGAGCGAGGGGCAGGCCGCACCGCAGUACGGCAUGGAGGAUCAAGAUGACAACCAGGGUCUGUCAGCGACCCAGCGGAUCAGCCCCUGCUCCACUCUGACCAGCAGCACUGCCUCCCCGCCAGCAGGCAGCCCCUGCUCCACCCUACCCUCCGCCACUCCCGGCAACCCCGGCAAUAAGGACUGUGCCUACGGCUCCGUCACCAGCCCCACCUCCACCCUUGAGAGCAGGGAUAGCGGCAUCAUCGCCACUCUGACAAGUUACUCGGAGAACAUGGAGAGGGGGUCUCGGGGGAACCUGAAGCUGUGGCAGUCGCAGAAGUCCGGCAUGGACUCGUGCCUGUACCGCGUGGAUGAGAACAUGACGGCCUCUACCUACAGCCUCAACAAGAUCCCAGAGAGGAACCUGGAGACCAUCUCGUCCCACUCCGUCCAGUCCAUCCCCCUCUACCUUAUGCCUCGGCCCAACUCUGUGGCAGCCACCAGCUCCGCCCACCUGGAGGACCUGGCCUACCUCGAUGAGCAGAGGCACGCCCCGCUGCGCACCUCCCUGCGCAUGCCCCGGCAGAGCUCGGGCGCCGGGCGCUCCGGGCAGGACCUGAGAGCUUCCACUAACUUCCAUGCCUGGCAAUCCCAAUCACUGCGCUUCGCCCCUUACCGGCCCCCGGACAUCUCCCUCAAGCCUCUUCUCUUCGAGGUGCCCAGCAUCACGGUGGACUCCGUCUUCACGGGCCGCGACUGGCUCUUCCAGGAGGUCGACGGGCAGCUGAGGAGCGCCAACUGCAGCACCAACCGCGGCGUGGUGGUGGUGGGCAACAUCGGCUACGGCAAGACCGCCAUCAUCUCGCGCCUGGUGGCGCUCAGUUGCCAUGGUACCCGCAUGCGGCAGAUCGCCUCCGACAGUCCACACGCUUCGCCCAAACAUGGGGAGAGUCUGCCGCUCAGUCAGCCCCAGCCAUCCCACGGUACCCUGGGGGGAGGCAGCUGCCCUGGCACCCCCGAGAUGAGACGCCGGCAGGAGGAGGCCAUGAGGAGGUUGGCGUCCCAGGUGGUGGCGUACCACUACUGCCAGGCAGACAACGCCUACACGUGCCUGGUGCCCGAGUUCGUGCACAACGUGGCGGCACUGCUAUGCCGCUCGCCGCAGCUCGUCGCAUACCGGGAGCAGCUGCUGCGGGAGCCGCACCUGCAGAGCGUGCUCAGCCUGCGCUCCUGCGUGCAGGACCCCCUGGCGUCCUUCAAGAGGGGCGUGCUGGAGCCCCUGGACGCCCUCUACAAAGAGAGGAAGAUCACCACCGACGAAGACCUCCUCAUCCUCAUCGACGGGCUCAACGAGGCCGAGUUCCAUAAGCCCGACUACGGGGACACGAUCGUCUCCUUCCUGAACAAAACCAUCAACAAGUUCCCACCAUGGCUGAAACUGGUGGUCACCGUCAGGACCACGCUGCAGGAGAUCACCAAACAGCUCCCCUUCCACCGUAUCUCCCUGGACCGUCUGGAGGAGAACGAGGCCAUCGACCAGGACCUCCAGGGCUACAUCCUGCACCGCAUUCACAGCAGCUCUGAGAUUCAGAACAACAUCUCACUCAAUGGCAAGAUGGACAACACCACCUUCGGCAAGCUGAGUGCCCACCUGAAGGCCCUCAGCCAGGGCUCCUACCUGUACCUCAAGCUGACCUUUGACCUCAUCGAGAAGGGCUACUUGGUGCUGAAGAGCUCCAGCUACAAGGUGGUGCCGGUGAACCUGGCCGAGGUCUACCUGCUGCAGUGCAACAUGCGCUUCCCCACACAGUCGUCCUUCGAGCGGGCGCUGCCGCUGCUCAACGUGGCCGUGGCAUCGCUGCACCCGCUGACGGACGAGCAGAUCCACCAGGCCGUCAAUUCCGGCUCGGUGCAGGGCACACUGGACUGGGAGGACUUCCAACAGCGCAUGGACAACCUGGCCAUGUUCCUGGUGAAACGGCGGGACGGCACGCGCAUGUUCGUGCACCCGUCCUUCCGUGAGUGGCUCAUCUGGCGAGAAGAGGGAGAGAAGACCAAGUUCCUGUGCGACCCCAGGAGUGGUCACACGCUCCUGGCCUUCUGGUUUUCGCGCCAGGAGGGCAAGCUGAACCGGCAGCAGACCAUCGAGCUGGGUCACCAUAUCCUCAAAGCACAUAUCUUCAAGGGGCUAAGCAAGAAAGUUGGGGUUUCCUCGUCCAUCUUGCAGGGACUUUGGGUGUCCUACAGUACAGAAGGCCUUUCCACUGCCCUGGCCUCACUUCGAAAUCUCUACACACCAAAUAUUAAGGUUAGCCGCCUCCUGAUGCUGGGUGGGGCCAACGUAAACUACCGCACAGAGGUGCUGAACAAUGCGCCCAUCCUGUGCGUCCACGCCCACUUGGGCUACAUGGACACGGUGUCCCUGCUGCUGGAAUACGGCGCCUCCGUGGAUGCCGUCUCUGAGAGUGGCCUCACCGCGCUGGCCUAUGCCGCCUCCUCCGGCCACCUGGCCAUCGUCACCGCUCUGUGCCGCAAACGAGCGAAGGUGGAUCACCUAGACAAGAAUGGCCAGUGUGCCUUGGUACAUGCUGCCCUCAGGGGUCACAUGGAGGUGGUGAAGUUCCUCAUCCAGUGUGACUGGACCAUGGGAGGCCAGCAACAAGGAGUCUUCAACAAGAGCCAUGCUGUCCAACAGGCCCUCAUCGCUGCAGCCAGCAUGGGCUUCACUGAGAUUGUGUCCUACCUGCUUGACUUGCCAGAGAAGGACGAGGAGGAAGUGGAGCGUGCUCAGAUCAACAGCUUCGACACGCUGUGGGGGGAGACAGCUCUGACAGCGGCAGCGGGCAGGGGCAAGCUGGAGGUGUGCCGGCUACUUCUGGAGCAGGGGGCCGCUGUGGCGCAACCCAACCGGCGUGGGAUCGUGCCCCUCUUCAGCGCCGUGCGGCAAGGCCACUGGCAGAUCGUGGACCUGCUGCUGACUCACGGCUCUGAUGUCAACAUGGGGGACAGGCAAGGCCGCACCCCGCUGAUGAUGGCCGCAUCCGAGGGCCACCUGGGUACCGUGGAGUUUCUGCUUGCCCAGGGCGCGUCCCUGUCGCUCAUGGACAAGGAGGGGCUGACGGCCCUGAGCUGGUCGUGUCUCAAGGGUCACCUACCCGUAGUUCGCUCUCUGGUGGAGCGGGGGGCGGCAACAGAUCACGCCGACAAGAACGGCCGCACCCCCUUGGACCUGGCGGCCUUUUAUGGAGACGCUGAAGUGGUUCAAUUCCUUGUGGACCACGGGGCGAUGAUCGAGCACGUGGACUACAGCGGCAUGCGCCCCUUGGAUCGUGCUGUGGGCUGCCGCAACACCUCGGUGGUGGUGGCGCUACUCAAGAAGGGAGCCAAGAUUGGAUGUCAGACGCUUCCCAGUCGGCCGCGAGGUCCCGCCACGUGGGCGAUGGCCACCUCCAAGCCUGAUAUAAUGAUUAUUCUGCUGAGCAAGCUCAUCGAGGAGGGGGAUGCCUUCUACAAGAAGGGGAAGGUGAAGGAGGCUGCCCAGCGGUACCAGUAUGCCCUCAAGAAGUUCCCACGUGAGGGCUUCAGCGAAGACCUCAAGACCUUUCGUGAGCUGAAGGUGUCCCUGCUGCUCAACCUGUCCCGCUGCCGCCGGAAAAUGAACGACUUCGGAAUGGCUGAGGAGUUCGCCACCAAGGCUUUGGAGCUGAAGCCCAAAUCUUACGAGGCCUUUUACGCCAGAGCUCGAGCCAAACGCAGCAGCAGACAGUUCCCCGAGGCACUGGAGGACCUGAAUGAGGCCAUCAAGCAGUGCCCCAACAACCGGGAGAUCCAGCGCCUCCUGCAGCGUGUGGAGGAGGAGUGCAGGCAGUUCUCGCAGCAGCAGCAACAGCAGCAGCAGCAAGAGCAGCAGGAACAUGUGGAGGAGGAGCUGGAGCCGCCGCCAUCCCCAUCUCCUCCCCCGCCCCCUGUCGAUGAGCCUCCCCCGCCCCCACCCCCGCCUCCAGAGCCCCGGCUGGAGGACAUGGAGCCUGUGCAGGAGCUCUUUGAGGAUGACGAGUACCUCCAUCAGGAGCUCGAGGGCAUGUCCAUCGGUCUGCCUCCAGAACCACGAGGCAACCCGGCCAGCCUGCCCAUCAUCCAGAGCCCGCCACCCUCCCCCGCACAUCGGGACUCUGCCUACCUCUCAGGUGGCUCCCCGCUCGGCCAGGCCUUUGAUUUCCGGCCCAGCCCCCCCUCCAUGUCCUCCCCCACCCGCCAGGGCUACCAAUCCACCUCACCCUCCCUCUCCCCCACACACCAGAACUCCCACUACCGGCCCAGCCCCCCCCACACAUCCCCUGCCCACCAGGUGUCUUCCUACCGCUUCAGCCCUCCUCCUCUAGCUGGCAGUGGAGGAGGAGGUGGAGGAGGAGGAGGGGGCGCUGGACAGGGAAAGGACUACCAGAGCCCCCCACCGUCCCCACUGCGCCGGGGGCCCCAGUACCGAGCUAGCCCCCCCGUGGAGACCGUCUGCCUGUACCGCUCUCAGUCCGGCUCUCCUGUGCGCUACCAGCAGGAGCAGAUCCCGAGCCGGCCCAAGUCGCCGCUGUCCAAAAUGAGCAGCCAACGCUCCUUCCAGCUAACCUCCCAGCCCUCCCAGUCCUCCCAGCACCACCAGCAGGCCCUCCGGCUGCAGCCUGCCAUGGCCCAGAUCGUGCGCACCAACCAGCCCAGCUCUGCAGUGCACUCCAGCUCGGUGAUGGGCGGCGGCGGCGGCUACGGGCAGAUGGCGCACCCCAUCAGCGGCCGCUACCAGGGGGGCUCCGUGGAUGUGGAGAGCCGCCUGGUGUACCAGCCCUCCAUAGACGGGCGGCCCAUGCCGCAGGUGCAGGCCAGCUUGAGCGCCGGUGCCCUCUGCCAGCAUGGGGGCCGGCCCGGCGCCGUUGAAUCCAGCCUGGUGAAGGACGAGCUCCCGCAGCGGCCUUCCUCUGCAUACCGCUCCAGCGGCGGCGGGCCGGGCGGCAUGCGCUACAGCCAAACUCCCCAGAUCAGCCGCAGCCAGUCGGCCGCCUACUACCCUGUGUCCAAGCAUGAGCUGGAGCGGGCUGCCGCCCUACCCCAGUGCCAGCUGGGCUCACCGGAGAUCCCCCACCUGGUGCGCCGGCCCGUCAGUGCCAACACGGCUGAGAUCAAGCAGCACCCACCCACGCCGCGGCCCCUCAUCCACUCGCAGAGCGUGGGCCUGCGCUUCUCACCCUCCAGCAGCAGCAUCUCCUCAGGCUCCGCCUGUAACCUAGCCCCCGGCUUCCGGCCCUCGGCCUCCAUACAGCAGAUGGAGAUUCCCCUGCAGCCGUCCUAUGAGCGUGCCUGUGAUGACCUGUCUCCCGUGUCGCCCUCGCAGGGCGGAGAUGGCCGGGGUGGGGCCGGGGGCGUGUAUCAGGGCGAGACCGCCCGCUCGCGGACCACACCCUUUAUGGGCGUCAUUGACAAGACGGCCCGGACCCAGCAAUACCUACACCAGCCGUCACGGCCAUGGGCAGUGUCUUCGCUGGACACGGUCAUCACCAGCCCCACCUCCCCAGGGAACCUGGUGCAGUCAGGGGGUGGCAGCUCGGCCUAUAGCAGCCCACCCACCUCGCUGGGCAACAUUGCGUACUACAACAAAACCAACAACGCCCAGAACGGGCACCUCCUGGAGGAUGACUAUUAUGCCACACCGCAGCCAGCACCGCCUGCCUCACUAGGCAAGCUGGCCAACGGGUCACGGGGGGACAUUCUGGAGCGGGUGAGCCAGGUGCCCACCUACCCCGACGUGAAGGUGGCGCGGACGCUGCCGGUGGCACAGGCUUACCAGGACAACAUGUACCGGCAGAUGUCCCGCGAUACGAGGCAGGGGCCCACCUCCCCCAUCAAACCAAAGAGACCCUUCGUGGAGUCCAACGUGUGAGAGCAUGGCAGUGCUGGAGUGG